AUGAGGAAGGGUUGGAGAGAUGGAGCUUUUCUGGAAAAGCAUAAACCAUUUGUACGACAAGGAGUACUUGAAGAAAAACGGGGUGGACGGGGAAGAAUGUAUGCAUUUUCUGAAAGAAAUAUGAGAGACACUUUUGAUAAUCCGGAACAGAGACUAAUCAUAGUUGAGAAACAUGAACCAGCAUACCACGUUGAGACAAAAGUAGCUGCUCCAGUAUACAUUCUACCUAAACAUGGCCCGGUGUAUUCACAACGUUCACAGCCAGUUCCUGCAGCACCUCGUUUGGUCCUUAAACCUCAGAAAGUUGUCGUGAAACCAACACCAGUAUUCGUCAAACCAGCACCAGUGGUUGUUCGACCCUCUCCAGUCUACGUUAAACCACCAAAGCUAGUCGUCAAGCCUACACCAGUUUAUGUACGACCACCACCAGUUUAUGUAAAACCAGCUGCAACAUACGUGAAACCAAGCGCCGUGGUGGUGAAACCUAAUCCGGUUGUUGUAAAUCAGGCUCCAGUAGAUGUCCGACCUCAACCAGUAUUUGUUCAACCACCACCUGUUGAUGUCAGACCCGGAACAACCUAUGUUAGACCUGCGCCAGUAUACGUGAAACCUAGUCCAGUCAACGUCAACUUCAGAACUUCUGUUGUAAAGCCAUGGCGACGCUAUAGUGAACGUCAUUUCUCGCCUUAUUCUGAAAGGGCCGCAAUAUACAGCUAA